AUGGAGAAAGACCGUGUCCAGGAGGGCUCCGCUGAGAGCGAUGAGACUACCUCGAACGAGUUCAAUUUGCUGUUACAUGAGAUCACAGCCCGCUGCAAUCAACAGGCAAGGGAGAUCAACAAAUGGCUUUUUUACACCAAGAAUUUUAAACAGACUAUUGCCGAUACAUUGGAGAAGGAGAAACUCAAGAAACAAGGUGCUGAUAUCAAAGCUAUGAGAUGGCAACCUAGGACACCGAGAACACCCAGAAUACUGAGAACGCCGAGGGCAUUCCAAAUACCUAAUUAA